AUGGGAUAUUCAUACCAGCCUCUCGAUGAAGCUACUCAAGAGAUCCGACUUCUCAACGUCUUGCCUGGGCCUGACCACGAAGAGAUUCGAUGCAGCUUAGUGCAUGCCCCCUGUCUCCACCAACAAUUGCCCAAAUAUGUCUCUCUUUCAUACUGCUGGGGCAGUACAGACAAUCUGAAGUCUAUUCUGGUUGGCAAUCAUAAUGUUUCUGUCACAGACAAUCUUUGGGCCGCACUCCAUGAAUUCCGAAGGCAGGGUUAUGAUCUUAUUUGGGUAGAUGCUUUAUGCAUCAAUCAAGAAGAUAAUUGCGAGAAAGGCCGCCAAAUUCUCCGUAUGGGAGACAUAUAUAAGCAAAGCCAGAAGACAAUUGCUUGGCUUGGUUCGGAU